UUAAAAAUUAAUCAAUUUAAAAUAUUAAAAAUUAAACUUUUAGAUUCCUUCAAUAAUUAAUUUAGUGAAAAUAAUAUGUCAGCAAAAGAAAUUUAAAAUAGUGUUUUAUAAUGUCCAGUUGAAAAAUGUGGGAGGAAAUUUGAAGAUAAAGAAAAAAUGAUGACACAUAUAUAAAGAAGGCAUCCUGAGCUAGAAGCUGCAAAGAAAGAAAUCACACAUGAACAAGAAUAGAAUUCUAAUUAAGUGUAAAAUAUAAAUCCUAUGAGAAAAAGAAGUUUAAGCAAAGAUAUUUAAAGCUAAGUUUAAUAGCAGCAAUAAGUAUUAAUUAAAAAAGAAAAUAAUGUUUCAUAAUCUAAAGAUAGGAAUGAGUCAUUAUCUUUGUAAUCUUCGAAUACUCCCCAAAUUCCAAUUGAAAGAGCUUAAAGUAAAGAUGUUUUAUUAUCUAAAAUGUAAUAAAGGCCUCCAACACCAAAAUAAGGUUUGUAAAUUAACAAAUCUAUAUCUACUUAAUCCGAAAGUUUGAGAAAAUCAUAAGACCUUUUUAGAAAAACUUAAGAAAAUAACUAAUUAAUAGAAAAAACUGCUUUAUCUUCAUCUAAAGAACCUGCUUCAAGAACUUUAUCAGCUUCUUCUAGUUCAAAAUAAAUUUAAUAACCUAUUGCAUUUAAGCAAUCAAAGUUGAAAACCAGUGGUUCUAACACCAAAAAUGAGUCUUCACCAGUAAACAAUAAAGAUAAGUAAGGGGUAUAAAAUGAAAGUAAAUAAAAAUAGCAAUCGAAUGUAGAUUAAGAAUUAAUUAAAUCAAUUUUAAUGACUAUUAGUAGGGCAGAAAAUAAAGAAUAAUCUAAAAAUUUAAUUACUGAGUCUUCUUUACCAAAAGAGGAAGUCUAAUCCGAAGAUGAAGAAGUUGAUAAAUAAUCAUAGUAAAGUAGCUCUAAAGCUGCAAGCAGACCUUCAACAGCUAAUAACUAAGCAAAUUAAAGCGAGUUAUCUAAAAAAAGCUAGCAGAGUGACUCAAAUCUGAUAAAUAAUAGUGGAAGUUAAUUGAGUCUGAAUGAUGUUAAAAAAUAAAGAUAAGUUACAAUUUAAGAAAUCCUUAACUGCAAAAAGAAAAUAAGCUGUGAAUAUUUGCUUGAGCAUUCGCCAAAUUAAACAAAUGAUAUAGCCUUUAUUGAAACCCUUGUUUUAAAAGAAGAGGACCUUAUUGUAUUUGAAGAUGGUUUGACAGAUGCAAAAUUUGAUUUGAUGGUUAGUCUUCAGUAUCUUUCUCUUUCCCAUAAUCAAUUAAUAAAUAUCGUUUCUUUAAGUAAAUUUUCUGCUUCUCUGCUUGAGUUAAACAUUAACUUUAACUAGAUUUAAGAUAUAAAUCCUCUUUAUGAAUGUUUCUAAUUAUAAAAAUUAUGGGCAAGCCAUAAUUUAAUAUCGAGUAUUACUUGCCUUAAAUAGUUAAAAAACCUAUAAAUCUUAUCAUUAUAUAAUAAUUAAAUUACUUCAUUCUCUGAUACUUUGAGAGAAUUACAUAAUUUAGAAGAGCUGGAUUUAGCUGAUAAUCCUUGCAGUAAAGAUUAAUUCUAUAAAUAAGAAGUUUUGAGCUCGAUAAAAUCAAACAAAUUUUCUAAAUUGGAUUCUGCAGCUAUAACAAGCUAAGAAAUAUAGGCUUCAAAAACAUAUUCUAACAAUAAAAAUAAUAAUAACUAAAAAAAUAAUACAUAAGUUAGACCAGGUUCAGCUCCUUUGAAGGUGAAUCCUAGAACAGGUCUAUCAGCUUCUAUGAUAGUAAAUAAUCAGAUAAAAGAAAAACAUUAAAUUUAGUAAUAAGAGUCUCUAAAAGAAAAGCUAAGAGAAAACAAUCACAAAGACAAAGAAAAAAUCACCAUAAGCAAUGAAGAAUAUUAAAAGACUUAAAAAAUAAAAGAAUUAGAAAAGCAAUUAAGUGAAAUAUAGAAUAGAUCAAUAGAAUUAAGAGAUUAAAUUAGAUAAACAAAAAAGAUAAAUAAGUCAAUUGUUAAUGAGAUAGAAGAAAAGGAGAAAGAAAAUAUCCUUUUAAGAGAAUAAAGUGGUUAAAUUGAACAAAUAAAAUAAACUAACAAAACACUUCUUAGAAAAAUUAGUGCAUAUGAAUCUACAAUUAUUUUACAUUCAGAAACCCCAGAAGAGCUCAAAAAGUAUUUGUAAACACUUUCAAGCCAAGUAAAAGAGUUAGAAGAAAAAAAUCAGCAGCUUAAUCAAGACAAUUAGUAAUUAGAGGAAGAAUUUAUGAAUUAAGAAGAGUUAGAUGACCAAGAGGAUGAUUCAUAUGAUAGCGAUUAUAAUCCAGAAAAAAUAAAUGAGCUACUAAGAAGAUCUACAGCAGCAUUUUCACAAAUAAAAUAAGAUCUAAAAAUGCUAAAUUAAAUUAAAAAAUGA